AUGAGAUCCGUCAAGAACGCCCACCGGCGUCUCCCCCUCGGCCCACUAUCGAGGGCCUUCCUCUCCACGUCGGCCUCCACGUCGACCAUCACGCCCAUCACGUCCGUGAUAAUAGCCAACCGCGGUGAGAUCGCCCUCCGCGUCCAGCGCACAGCCUCCAGGCUCGGCAUCCGCACAACAACCCUCUACACGGAUGUCGACCGCAACGCCCAGCACACCACCGCCACCCCCUACUCGCUUUCCCUGCCCAAUUACCUCGACGGCGACCGCAUCAUCGCCCUCGCCAAGCAGCAUGGCAUCCAGGCCCUGCACCCGGGCUACGGCUUCCUGUCUGAGAACGCCGCAUUCGCCCAGAAGUGCCACGACGCCGGCAUCGUCUUCGUCGGCCCGCCCGCCUCUGCCAUGGCUGACAUGGGCGACAAGGCCCGAUCCAAGGAGAUCAUGACCGCUGCCGGCGUGCCCUGUGUCCCAGGAUACCACGGCACUGAACAGGCCGUCGAGGCCCUGCAGGCCCACGCCGUCGAGAUCGGCUUCCCCGUCCUGCUCAAGAGCGUCAAGGGCGGCGGCGGGAAGGGCAUGCGCAUCGUUGACUCCGAGGCCGACUUCCCCUCCCAGCUGCGCUCCGCCCGCGCAGAGGCCCGCGCCAGCUUCGGCGAGGGUGGCGAGGUCAUGCUGGUCGAGAAGUACGUCGUGCGUCCCCGUCACGUCGAGGUCCAGGUCUUUGCCGACAAGCUCGGCAACUGCGUGGCCCUCGGCGAGCGCGACUGCUCCGUGCAGAGGCGUCAUCAGAAGAUCCUCGAGGAGAGCCCCGCACCGCUGCUCGACGAUGCCACGCGCAAGGACCUCUGGGCCAAGGCGAGGACAGCCGCUCUCGCCGUCGGCUACGUCGGCGCCGGCACCGUCGAGUUCAUUCUGGACAGGGACACUGGCCGCUUCUACUUCAUGGAGAUGAACACCAGGCUGCAGGUUGAGCACCCCGUCAGCGAGAUGGUCACCGGCACCGAUCUGGUCGAGUGGCAGUUCCGCGUCGCCGCCGGCGAGGCCCUGCCUCUGACGCAGGACGAGAUCGAGGCGAGGAUUGAGGAGAGGGGAGCCGCUAUUGAGGCCAGGAUCUACGCCGAGAGCCCUGAGAAGGAGUUUAUGCCUGACUCGGGCAAGCUGGUCCACCUGGUCACACCAAAGACGGACGAGGAUGUUCGGAUUGACGCUGGCUUCAUAGAGGGUGAUACUGUAUCCUCGGCCUACGACGGGAUGAUUUCGAAGCUCAUUGUGCGCGGCAAGGACCGUGAGGCGGCGAUACGAAGGCUCGAGCUGGCGCUCCGCGAGUACGAAGUGGUUGGCCUCAGCACAAAUAUCGAGUUCCUCAAGAGGCUUUGCAGGAGCCAGGCCUUUAUCGACGGAGACGUCGAGACAGGAUUCAUCAAGAAGCACGGUGACGAGCUGUUUAAGCCCAGGCAAAUCGAAAACGAGGUAUUCGUGCAAGCUGCUCUCGGACUGCUCACAGCACAGCUACAAGGCGAUCUAUCAAGGUCAGGCCCGCAUGGCGAGGUGCUCGGCUUUGGGCCUCAGAGCGCCUCCUCAGGCGAGCGGAACUACGCCUUCAGAUGCAUCGACAACUACAGCUCACAAGAAGGCGAGGUUGUCCAGGCAAGAAUCACACAACUGGGCAAUAAUCUUUUCAGCGCGACCGUAUCGCGCAAAGGCCAAGAACAGCCCCAAGCCUUUGAGAAUCUCAUCUGCGAGCCCCUCCCCUCUUCCAUCACCCAAUCCAACCCCUCAAGGACGGCAGUGCGGACAUUCUUCCCCCUCGAGAGGCUGGACACAACCGUUGUGUCAGACCCAACUAACUCUCACAAACUGAGCAUCUUCCAGCACGGCCUGAAGACCGAGCUUAUGCUGCAGCAGCCUUCGUGGUAUGACAAGGCACUUGGGUUGCAAGAUGUCGCCGCCUCAGUGGUAGCGCCGAUGCCGUGCAAGAUUCUCAGAAAUGAAGUCAGCGAGGGCGAAACAGUGGAAAAGGGAGCACCACUCGUUGUUAUCGAGUCGAUGAAGAUGGAGACGGUGAUUCGGUCACCGCAGAGCGGCGUCAUCAAGAAGCUGGCGCACAAGGGGGGUGAUAUAUGCAAGGCCGGCACCGUCCUUGUCAUAUUUGAGGAAGCCGAAGAGAACCACAAUGCUCCAUCUUAA